AUGACGCGCGACGCGUCGCCACGCGCGCGCGACGGCGCGUCCAACGCGACCUCGCGCGUUCCCGGACGCCGCCGAGGACGCGCGUUCGUUCGCUUUUUUUUUUGCGGCGAAUCGACAGAUUCGCUCUCGGCUCCGGAAACGUCGCGCGGGGGGGACACGCACCGCCUCUGCCGCCGCGUCCAGCAGGAGGUCGCAUCUUUACAGGUGUCCGGUGAGCGUAGACGCGCUCCGGAGUACCGAGAUUACUCGCCGGCCGACGUGUGA